AUGUCUGCUCUUACUUCCGAAGCGCUGCGUCAAUUGGAUCAGCUUAAUAAUCAAGGAGGAUUGCCAUCCCCUUCACCUACACAAGACAACUGGGAGACCGAUUCAGACUGCUCCUACUAUUCACUAUCUGACCUGACCUUGGACAAGUGGUACCGACAGAUCCCAGCAAGCCAAGUCAGGAAACAGGCAAAGCAGAUUCCAGCUAGCCCUGUAUCGAGCCAGUCUAUUUACCCGCGACGAUUUCAUAACAAAGAAGAGCUUGCUCUUCAGUCGUCGGGUCCCUGGCAAGAGUACCCCUUCUGCUUGAACAAGGGUUACGUGUCUGGGUCACCGGGCCCAGUUCGUAUAAUCACCAACUCUGCUGGGUCUGGGGAGUUUGAUGUGGUCUACCACCCUGGAAGGACAGAGAGGUCGGCUUGUCUGGCUAAUUACCGGCCAAAGGGGUAUCAAAAGGGUGCUGUACCAAAGCCCCUCCCCUCGAGCGAGCCGACCAGUCAGUCAACCUCAAGUUCGAGUGUUGGCGGCUCUUCACUGCAGCACAACCCUUAUAUUGCUGCUCAUCUUGCGGGGUAUCAGCAGGGACUAUCAGCUGCCUACUAUGCGCAGAGUCCGCCGCCGGCUUAUGUUGUACCUGUGCCAUUGGUUACUUACGCUUAUCUUCCUGUAUGCGGCCAGUAUUUAUACUGA